CUCAGGCUGCAGAGUCCACUUCGCAUUUUGAGCGACGCCCCCAAAUUCCGUGCAGAGUGUUUGCAGACCCUCCGGGACGGAGAGGUGGAGGAGGAAUCGGCAGCUCCGCCGUCCAUAGACGCCACAAUCACCACGCCAUUAGUUCAUGACUUCAUCAUAUGUUUGACAGGAGAGUUCGGCCCGCAAUUCGGAAGGACUCUGAGGCUGCAGCAGAGAAUGGGAAUAGGGACACAGGCCAAGGCUUGCCAUUUUGGCUGAAGUAACAGCAGGACGGUUGUCAACCCCGCAUCGGCUUCAAUCCCCUUCUCCCUCACCUCUCUUCCCACACAAACAGACACACACGGACAGACACCCCCCGCACACAGCCACUGCUAUGUCCACUGCCGUAGACAUCGCUGGCCCUUCCUCCCCAAAUCAGGCCCAUAGCAGCGCUAAAAUCCCCAAUGCGCCUCUCAGACCCAGCCUUAAGCGCUCCAACCACCCCUACAGCCUCUCCCAUUACAUCUCCACCCCUUCCCCGGCCGUGGACGUCAAAGGCCUGAUCCAGCCCUCCCCGGAGCAGCAGCGGGCAGCCCAGCCCGCGCACGCUAAGCCCCGCCGGGCCCCCUCCUGGCCCGACAUGUGGGAGUCGCCCAGCGGGCUCCACCUGGCCCACGCCGCCGAGCUGCUGAUGCGCGCCGGGCUGCUGGCCCUGACCCCCGCCACCACAGAGCAGGCCGGCCUAGGUGCGCCGAGCAGCCAGCCGGUGAAACGGGAGGCUAUAGAGGCGAAGGGGGACGUGGAGGGAGGCGCAUCGGGGCCCGAGGAGGAGGAGGAGGACUCCGCCGGAUGCGGCACCGACUUCCAACCCUUCCUGGGCGCCUGGUUCCCCUUCAGCCCCACUCUGUUCCCCCUGGCCGGCUUCCAGAUGGGGGGAGGCCACUGGAGGAGCGCGGCCAUGGGAGCGGAGGGCAUCGAGGGGCUGGUGGCCGAGGGCUACUCACCCGGCUCUCUGGGCGGCGGCGGCGGCGGGAGGAGGAAGAGGAAGAGGUGCGGCGAGUGCGUACCGUGCCGGCGUCAGACGAACUGCGACCAGUGCAGCAGCUGCCGCAAUCGCAAGAGGGGACACCAGAUCUGUAAAUACAGGAAGUGCGAGGAGCUGAAGAGGAAGCCAGGAGGUCCUGGGUUCGAGAGCAGAGUGUCCGGGUUUGAUCUGAGGGGCUCAGACUUUACUUUGGGUCUUGCACAGGAGAGAAGCAACGGCGCUUUGGAUGGAUAGUAAUGUACGUGGGGGGCAGCAUUUGUCAGAGGAUCCCGGUUGGAUGAUUGUUGAGGAGCUGCAGCUGAUACAAACACACAGGACACCAUGUGAACACACUGUGGUUCGGGAGGUCUUCGGAUCUCGUGUUUUCAACGAGGAGCCGCAGCUCCGCUUGAGAAUGUCCACACUCGUUUCCCCAUCCUUUCUUUUGACAAUCAGUGAAUUGGAGAGGAGAGAAAGAAGGAUACCAAUGUGUGUCAAUAUUUAGAUGACGACAAAAAAAAAAUGCUGUAAAUAGACUGUAAAUAUCUGGAAAACAUUAUGUCUUUUUUUACAUCCCUUUCCAGUUUGGAUGUAUUGUGUUUCAAACUUUAAAAAAAAAAAAAAAAGAAGAGAAAAAAAAGGAGCCAAAUGUUUUUGUUUCUAAUGGGGAGUUUUUUUGUUUCUGUUGUUCUGACGUCACUGCAUCAGUAAGAAAUGAAUGAGUUCAGCCGAGGCUAAAUUAUUUCAUGUGCAACUUGUACUGUAUAGCUCUGUUUGCUCUUUUGAAAUAAAAGAAAUUGGCCAUGUGUAA